AUGGAUAGUACUUCAAAUAAUGAUACUGCUUUGAGAUGCUUGAAGGACACCUUCUCAAGGAACAAAUGCCUAUUAGCCAAGGGGAAGUUGUUUCAUGUGAGAUGUUGUGCUCACAUACUCAACUUAAUAGUUCAUAAUGGUAUCAAUGAAAUCAAAUAUAUAGUUGUGAGAGUACGAGAGAGCAUAGAGUUUAUAAACAAAACAGAUGGGAGACGCUUGCUUUUUGCUGAAAUUGUACAACAGCUUCAAUUACCUGGGAAAGUGCUCAUUUAUAAUUGCAAAACAAGAUGGAAUUCGACCUAUGAGAUGCUGGCUUGUGCUCUCAAGUUUCAAGAGGUUUUUCCAAGAUUUAGAGAUAGAGAGCCAGACUUCGAUUUCUACCCAGCUACAAAAGAUUGGGAAAAAGUGAAAAAAGUUUGUGACAUUUUACAAGUUUUCUGGACAGCUACUCAUAUCAUAUCUAGUAGUGACUAUCCAACAGCAAAUUUGUAUCUAAAUGAAAUUUGUCGAAUAAAAAUACUAUUAGACAGUAAGACAAAUGAUAAAGAUGACUUUGUUCGGUCAAUAGUUGGGAGGAUGAAGCAGAAAUUUGACAAGUAUUGCGAUGAGUGUAAUUUAUUGAUGGCCAUAGCAGCAAUCUUGGACCCGAGGUGCAAAAUAAGAGUAAUCAAUUAUUGCUUUCCAUUGAUAUAUCCUCCACAUAAAGUGCAAGUUAAUAUCAAUAAGGUUCGGCAAGCAUUGUAUGAUCUAUAUGAUGAAUAUGCGGAGAUGCAUCUUUCAAGUUCAAGUGGUUCAUCUUCAUCUUCAUCUUCUCAACUACAGACCGGUAAUGAUCUAGCAAACAAGAGUAGUGGUAGUUCAUCUUCAUCGGUGACACAUCUUUUAGGUAUGAGUGAAUUUCUUAGCCAUAUUGCUACUAUGAAAAGUGUUCAAAUCCUCAAGAAUAAGUUGGAUAUCUACUUUGAAGAUGGUCUUCUCAUUGCCAUAGAGGAUUCAAAUGUAGAUAUUAUGAAUUUGGAUGCUUUGAAGUGGUGGAAAGACACAAAAAAUACAAGAUUCUGCAUAGAAUGUCUGCUAAUAUUUUAG